CGGGGGAGGGACUAUAUCCGGGAGAGUGGCAGCUUCCGACCAGUGGUCGCGUUUCCGGAGAGGCCGCUUCCGGUGGCGGCGGCAGCAGCAGCAGCGGUGGUCCGGGUGUCUUUGUCCCCCCGGUGUCGCGGCCCUGGCCCGCAGGUUUUCCCCCCCAAGACUCUGAAAGAGGACUGCAUUCCCAAUGUCCCAAUUUAAGCGCCAGCGGAUCAACCCACUUCCAGGGGGACGCAACUUCUCAGGCACAGCUUCCACGUCUCUUCUGGGCCCUCCUCCUGGUUUGCUCACCCCCCCUGUGGCCACAGACCUGUCCCAGAAUGCCAGGCACCUUCAGGGUGGGGAGAAGCAGCGGGUCUUCACUGGAAUUGUUACCAGCUUGCACGACUAUUUUGGGGUGGUGGAUGAAGAGGUCUUUUUUCAGCUGAGUGUGGUGAAGGGCCGGCUGCCCCAGCUGGGUGAGAAGGUGCUGGUGAAGGCUGCAUACAACCCAGGCCAGGCAGUGCCUUGGAAUGCUGUCAAGGUGCAAACACUCUCCAACCAGCCCCUACUGAAGUCCCCAGCACCUCCACUUCUACAUGUGGCAGCCCUGGGCCAGAAGCAAGGGAUUCUGGGAGCUCAGCCUGAGUUGAUCUUCCAGCCUCACCGAAUUCCCCCCCUCUUUCCUCAGAAACGGGAGUACCCACCACUUUCUAUGCAGCUCUGAGUCUUUUUCCAAACAUCCCAUACACUUCAUCUGAGCCACCUGAACAGAUUUCCUGCUCGGGGUCCUCAUGGCGAUUGGAUUCAGGGCCGAAGCGAUGACUACGACUCCAAGAAACGCAAGCAGCGGGCCUGGUGGAGAGCCUUGGGGUGCUUAAGAAACCGAGGGCAUGACCUGCCUCCUUACCGGGUCCAUCUCACUCCCUAUACUGUGGACAGCCCCACCUGUGACUUCCUAGAACUCCAGCGCCGCUACCAGAGCCUCCUGGUCCCCUCAGAUUUCAUGGCUGUGCAUCUGAGCUGGCUGUCAGCCUUCCCUCUGAGCCAGCCGUUUUCCCUCCAUCAUCCGAGCCGUAUCCAGGUAUCUUCUGAGAAGGAGCCAGCUCCAGACGCUGGUGCUGAGCCCCUCCCUGUGGACAGUGACCCCACUUACAGUUCCAAGGUACUGCUGCUCUCUUCCCCGGGCCUAGAAGAACUGUAUCGCUGUUGCAUGCUCUUUGUGGAUGACAUGGCUGAGCCGAGGGAGACGCCAGAACACCCUCUGAAGGCAGUUCAGUUUUUGUUGGGCCGGAAGGAAGAAGAGGCAGUGCUGGUUGGGGGUGAGUGGUCUCCUUCCCUGGAUGGCCUCGACCCAAGGGCGGACCCGCAGGUGCUAGUCCGCACUGCCAUCCGCUGUGCGCAAGCCCAGGCCGGCAUUGACUUGAGCGCCUGCACGAAGUGGUGCGCUUUGCUGAGGUUUCAGUACCUGCAGCCGGGACCCCCAAGGAGGCUGCAGACUGUGGUGGUGUACCUGCCAGACGUGUGGACUGUCAUGCCUCCUUUGGAAGAGUAGGCCUUGUGUCAGCAGAAAGCUGCCGAGGCAGCGCUCCCGGCCCAAGAGGUGCCAGUGGUAAGGUGAAAGCCUUCUGAACGGCAGCCUGAUGCAUCCGAGCAAGCAGCAGACACAUCUAAACAGAAUGAGGAGAACCCAGAGGUCACCACACAACAGGAAGUGGACACUGAUCCAGAGGCGCCUCCGCCCCCUCUAGAGCCUGCUGUCAUGGCACACCCUGGCUGUGUAACCCUCUCCCUGCAUGGUAUUGUGGAGGACCGGAGGCAAGAAAGGAUCUCUUUUGAGGUGAUGGUGUUGGCUGAGCUGUUCCUGGAGAUGCUGCAGAGGGACUUUGGCUAUAGGAUUUAUAAGAUGCUGCUGAGCCUUCCUGAAAAGGUUGUGGCCCCACCUGAACGAAAGGAGGAGGUGGCCAAGGAAGAAGAAGCAGGCAAGGAGGAGGUGGCCAAGAGUCAGGAUGAGGUACAGAGUGAGGGCACAGCCGCCGAGGCAGACGUCCCACCAAGGAGGAUGGGCUUGUUGCCGAAACCCCCAUCUUCUGGGAGAGGAAGAGGAGGAAAGAAGCCCCGGGGGGAGGCGUCUGAGGACCUCUGUGAGAUGGCCCUCGACCCGGAGCUGCUGCUGCUGAGGGAUGAUGGCGAGGAGGAGUUCGGAGCCAAGCUGGAGGAUUCUGAGGUCCGGUCUGUGGCCGCCAACCAGUCAGAGAUGGAGUUCUCUUCCCUUCAGGACAUGCCCAAGGAGCUGGACCCCUCUGCCGUGCUCCCUUUGGAUUGUCUUCUCGCGUUUGUCUUCUUUGAUGCCAACUGGUGUGGCUACUUGCACCGGCGAGACUUGGAGAGGAUUCUGCUUACCCUUGGGCUCCGGCUCAGUGCGGAACAGGCCAAGCAGCUGGUCAGCAGGGUGGUGACCCAGAACAUUUGCCAGUACCGCAGCCUGCAGUACAGCCGCCGGGAGGGCCCGGACAGCGGGCUUCCCGAGGAGGCGCUCUUUGGAAACCUGGACCUGCUACCUCCUUCUGGGAAAAGCGCAAAGCCGGGAGCUGCCCCCACGGAACACAAAGGCCUGGUGUCCCACAACGGCAGCCUGAUCAAUGUGGGGAACCUGCUGCUCCGUGCAGAGCAGCAGGACAGUGGACGGCUCUACCUGGAGAACAAAAUUCAUACACUGGAACUGAAGCUGGAGGAGAGCCAUCACCGCUUCUCAGCCACUGAAGUAACGAAUAAGACACUGGCAGCAGACAUGCAGGAGCUGCCGCCACACCGGCUGGCUGAGGCCGAAGACAUGCCCCGCACGGCCGAGCGACAGAAGAACCAGCUUCAGCGGCUGCUGCAUGACUUCCGGAGACGCCUGACCCCCCUGCAGCUGGAGAUGCAGCGAAUGGUUGAAAAGGCUGACAGCUGGGUAGAGAAGGAGGAGCCAGCACCUAGCAACUGAGGGGCCUGGCGCAGGAGCUGCCGUCCUGCGAGGUCAGCGAUGGAGCCUGGUGAAGUUAGAGCCCUUUGGUUCCAGAAGGAAGCUGGAGCAGGACCUCGGAGCCGAAGGCGGGCGCUGAACCCUGUGCUCAGCCUGUGUAGGGAGCUCGGGGCGGGGUUGCCUGUGCUGUGUGGGACGGACGAGUGAGGAGCCGGUUCCACUUAACUAAAUCCAACAUCUGCACCCCUUGAAUGUCAUUUUGCCCUCUACCUUGGGGUUUCUCCUGGGGCCCUUUAGUCUUGUGCUUUCUCCUGUCCUCUUCCAGAUUAGAGUAAGACAGGGGAGGAAAAGGCUUUCGACUGUCCUAAGGUCUGAUGCCAAUAAAUGAAGAAACAGACGUGGAAUCUGGCUGGGGUAAGAGCCCUUCCUCCAGAUGGCACAAACCCUGCUGGGUCACAGGAGCAGGUUUGGGACGCGUUUCCUGUGGCCUUUGGAGGAAUGGAGUCAGUGCCAGCAAGCCUCGCGCUCGGGCUGUUUGCCAGUACACACUGUUGCAGCCACCCCGGACUUGCCAGAAGAAACCAGCCCUUCAGCUCCCUGGCUCCCGGUGUUCAGAAUGUGGUAUUGGCUCUGGCCCAGCCUUUUUCCCUGUUCCCCAUGUGUCUCGCCUCUUUCCAUAACCCGUGGUUUCAGUUUGACUUUGUAUAUAAAGUUGUUUUUUUUUGUGGGUUUUUUUUUUUUUUUUUUUGCUUUUUGUUUUUUAAAUAAACCAAAGUCAAAA